UUUAACAGUGUUUUUGGGGGGGUGAUAUUGUGGCGUAUAAACAGGGGGUCGAUGUAAUUGGCGUUCAUUGAUUUGAUUGGCAUUAAUUUGAGAUUCCCAUUUCUUACUUUCUGUUGUGUGUAUAACUUGUAACACUUGGCCUCAUGGGAUUGCUUAGCGCUAAUGGAUACGGGCUUUUGCGGGGGAUUUCUCAAGGACUCUUUCCAUCACUUCGAGUUAGAAAAUUCACAACAUUGAGGAAGAUGUUUAAUUUUCUUGGAUUUGCUUUCGUCGUUAUAUUACUUUCAGGAAAUUCAAAAGGACAGGAUGGAAGCGAAAGUCCACCAAGCCUAAUGAAGGCUCAUUCAAAAAUGUAUCCAUCUCCCUGGGACGAGUGGUGGGGUUAUGGAGGAAGAGCAGCACCUGAAUACUGGGGAGACACAUACCCUGACCAUUGGUACAUGUGUUCUAGGGGCAAGCAGCAGUCACCAAUUAACAUAGAGCCCGAUUUGUUACUAUAUGAUGGAAAUCUUGGACAUCUUAUCGUCAACUCCCCUCCUGUUGAGGGUAUACUUCAGAACACCGGAAAUGACAUCACUUUAACUUUCAAAAAUGACAUCAGAAACCAAAUCAACGUCACCGGCGGGCCUCUUUCCUACGUGUUUCGAAUCACCGAUGUCAAAUUUCAUUUUGGAAGAAAACAACGGGCGUCCGAACAUCAGAUCAGCAACAAGUCAUUUACAGCUGAAAUGCACAUAAUGGGAUAUAAUUCUGAGGUCUAUAGCACGAUAGACGAGGCCAUGAAUGGAGUAAGAGGCCUGGUUGCCAUAGCUGUUUUUAUUGAGAUAGGCCUGGAAUCUAAUUAUCCGCUAGAACUGAUAACAAAGAGAUUAAAGAAUAUACCAAUAAAAGGCAAUAAAAUCAACAUAAUAGGCUUUACCCUUAAUGACCUUAUUCCCAACACAACGGAAUACAUGACGUAUGAAGGAUCACUUACGAUACCCGGAUGUCAAGAAAGCGUUACUUGGAUUAUUUACAACAAACCUGUUUACUUAUCCACAGACCAGAUGAAACUCUUCCAAACAAUACCGCAAAUGCGUUGGAUCCACACAAAUAGCAGAUCUGUCAUGCCACUCAACCAAAGGGUCAUACGAACGAAUAUCAAUGUCAAACAAAAAACUGACAUUUGUACGAUAGAGCAGCAUUUCAAUUACAAAGUAAAUGAAAUGUUUACUUCAUGACAAAUGAUAAGCAUUUCAACCCAUGGGCAGACAACCCAGGAUCUGCUACUGAGAAGUGCCACAAAGAUCAAGAUUGCUGUUUCAUUUUGUGUUCACCCACGGAUUAUUAGUGUACAUCAGAUGCUUGCAUUUUCAUGGUGCUAUGACUGGAUUGGUUUCGAUAUUUUUUUAAACCGACGAGAAAUCAACGUUAUACAUGUAUCAUAUAAUUAUACAACAUAAAAUAAACACGUACAGAGUGUUCUUCGGCUUCAAUGCGCAAGUCAGAAAUAUACCCGUGCGAUAUGGCACUACCCGGUGCUACAAUCACGUGACUUUAGAAUAUGCAAAGUUUGCUCUUUAUUUACGUGUAUGUGUGAUUUGUGUGUUUGAAAUAUUGUAAUGGGUCUUAUGAGCCAGUAAUAAUUAUCUAAAAUCAAAGAAGUGUUACAGUAGCCUGCAGAUAAUUAAGAUUGUUCAUGUAACUAUUGUAUCUUUGAAUAAAGUCAUUUGAUAAUAAAUGUAGA